CGCUGCGAGCCUCCCUCCCCUGAAAAACCAGUCGCUGCUGCGCCACAUCUAGACCUCCCUGCCUGUGCUGUUCGCUGCUGUUCACCGGGGGGUGAAACAGGGGAAAAAAAUUGGCACGCCUAGUCACCCAACGCAUCACAGCACAUGUUUCCACUCGGCCGAGUGAGAAAAAAAGCGACGCGAACCAUUGCACAUGUUACCUCCCCCUUUUUAUGGCGUACAUUUUCCUUGCAUCGUUCGCGAUACUGAGAUUUUUCCGGUGAAGCCUGGGUCGGCCACUUCUCGUGUUGGCUAAAUGCCCAGGAGCUUCUACCUCCGAAAUUCGGUCGUAACUUUCGGAUUUUCCGUUGUUUCCUUUUGUCCCGACUUUUCCACGGAGGGUGGCCGGUGCGAGGGAGCAACUGUUACUCUUCCGCCAACCUGCAUCCGGUUCUGUACCACCGCAAAAGUCACCUGAGUCAUGCCCAGGACAGCCGCGGCGCCGUGCCACUUCAUGGCAGCUUCUAGGCUUUGAGAAGCGCAUCUCCGUCCCACAACGAGCCUCGAUUAUAUAUGCUCGUCGCCAAUUCUUUUUUCCAGAAUGACCAGAGCUGCCUUCGCGGACUGAACGAAGUCACAGAGCACCGGAGAGUGCGUGCCCCGUGCGUUCUUCUUCCUCUCUUCCUUUGCUCAUGGAGUCUCAGUAUCCAAACCGGGCUGGCGACCCACCGUCUUCCUGUGACGGUGCUGAGAAGUCUGAUGCGGCAGAAGCUUCCCCUUCGGCAACACCGGACCCGGUGUCUGGACCGAGCCAGUUGUUCUUCGUGCCUGCGCGCACACUCUUUUCAGAAGGCCCUCUAGGGGGCUCUCCGGGAGGCCCCGAGGCAGGCACCCCUUCUCCGUUUGCCUUUCAUCACGGGGGUAGUUGGAGAGAGAGCGCCGGUGGGCUCGCUGAUGUCCCGCGCGUCGGCGUCGGCAUCGGGUCUGUACCUUCCCCCCUCCUUCCCUCUCCACAAUCCCAGCAGCCCCGCGCUGCUUCUGGCCACCGCUACCAUGAAGGCAUCAAGAGUUCUCGGCCGACGGCUUCGUCGCUUCACCAGGCCUCCCGACACUCGAGCCUUCUGCGUGUGCGUCGCUCGGACCGGGACAAGGCGGUCGCGUCUCGCAGGCGCCAGUUCAUGCCUCUGGAGGCCCCGCCGCUUCCUCAGCCGCUGACUCCUAUUGUGCAGCGACUCCAGGCUCUGCUUCCCCUCCCGCCAUUUGCUACUGAUGGCGAGAGCGCCCGUCCUCUCCCGGUCCACGAGGAGGCGCUGCUCCUCACCAAGCUUCUCCACGAGCUCGUCGCCUGCUACCCCGACCUCUUAGAGAAUCCGAGCGCGUUCCUCACGGGACCGCAGCUGGAGCCCCGCUUGAAUUUUGCGAACCCUGACCCGGGAACCACUGGGCCAGGCCCUGUGCUCAUGGCCUCUCUCGUUCAAUCGAUUGGCGAGGUCGUGCCAGCGGCUCUCGACGCGGCGACCUAUCUCCUGGACUUGCCGGGAGAACCUGGGUCUCCUCUCGUCCUCGAGUUCGCUCUUAGCCUUCUGCAGCACGCCUGUGGCUGCGUCGCUGCCGCCGUGGCAGCCCAGCCCCUCCCCGAAGCUUCUGUCCAGUGCUGGCUGCCGCUGCUCUUCUCGGUGUUCCGGCGUCUGCGCGCGGUCAUCGAAAAAGCAGGACCUGUAGACCGGCUCGCUGGACCUCCCUUGGUCCUGCGUCUCCGACAGAUCCAGCACGAGGUGGUCUACGCGCUGGGGAACAUCGCAGCGGACUUGGAGGGAGGCCUGAUUGAGCAGGGAGGAGUCUCAGUCGCGCUGGAAACGAUGCAGGACGCACUGCUUCAGCUAGACUCCCAAGCCCCACCCCUUGACUGUGCACCCUCAUCCUCUGUCGAUCCCAGCUUUCUCCCUGGCACCUCUCCCGCGCUUCAACUACGCACCGGCGGCUGGCUUCUCGGAAAUCUCCUCCAGCUCCCGCGCGCCAUCCCCGCGAUCAUGGAUGACAUGCUCGGGACCCGUGGGCAAACGACCCUUGGACAGACGUCUCUCGGGCAAGGAAACCUGGGGGCGGGGGAGGCGCCUUCUGGAGUUCCCGGCCUUCGCCCUGGGGGCCUUGAGGUGCUUCACGCGCUGAUGAGACUGGAAGUGGAGCAGCAGCAUGCGGCGUUGCGUCUGCCGGCGACGGACGACCGGCGCGCGAGUGUGGCUGAGGGCCUCUGGGCACUGCUGCUGUUUCUGGAGGCCGUGCUUCGCGGGCCAAUGGCCCCUGCUCCGGACCAGCGACCCAAGACGGCCCAGCACACCCUCGACCUCUGCGGCGCCGUCGCAGAAGAGGAGACAGCCAAGACACUCGAACGCGUUGCCCCUGAGAUCGUCAGCCUGUUGAUUCGCCUCGUUUUCGAGGCGUUUGAGGGCGCUCAGGCCUACAGGUCCAGGCGGCGCGCGGCCGCCAUGCAGGGAGGGGGUGAGCCACUCUUCCCGGGCAUCGAAAGCUUCGCUUUCGGAGCCCAGACAGGCAGCCUCGAGUCGCAUGCAGCGGACCGCGCUCUCGCGGGCGGCGCGUCCAGAGGAUUUGGGGCAGGGCCUCUAGAAACGUCAGCCGCCUCCGACUUGGCCGGCGACCGCGGUGACGGCGUGCUAUCUGACAGGCUCGCGAGGUUCAACGAGAAUGGCGCGGACAUACUUAUCCCUGCCUUGAAAAUCCUCGCACUUCUGUGCUCCAACUUCCGCGUGAGGACUUGCUGGGCAGACGCAGUUGUGGCCGUCGGGGGCGACGCUUUUCGCGACCUCCUCGCCUCUUGCUUCAAGACGCGACGCACGAUUCACAGGGGUGUCUACUGCGCUGCUCUUGCUCUUGUCGCCAGCUUGGCUGCCGGCCCACCGCAGCAGACCGACUACGUCGUUCCCUUGAUUCGCGGUUUGACGGAGAUCCUCCACUCAGCGGAACCCGUCGAUAUUCGGAGGGAGGCGGCGGUGUCUCUUCUGCACGUCGGCUUGAACCACGGGAAGAAGCAUCUCAAUGCGGUCGUCGAGGCGGAGCCGUCUGUCAUUCAAGGGAUGCUGGACAUUCUCGAACAGAACAAAUACGACAGGGCAUGCGUCAUAACUGCACUCGACUUCGUGAAUGGAGUGCUGGAGAGUGUACCUACAGGGCGAGUUGAGGUUUAUCGUCGAGAUGGCAUUGCGAAAAUUGAGUCUGCACAGUUUCUCCAUGAUCGUGCGAUCGACAACUUCAUCUCGUGGAUGGUGUCGCAUUACUUUGAUGAUUUCAACGAAGCUGAGGGAGACGAGGAAGCUGUCGAGCGUCUCGUUGCAGAAGAGAGUGUGCUGGCCGCACAGCUUUCGGACUUGUCUAAGGGCGCGCAGUGAGCGCUCUGGGGCAUUCGUGGGGCCGAUUCUCCCUACAAAUGCCUAGAGUCCUAGGAGGCGCGAGCGUUUUCCUGCCGCGUGCAGACAUCUUCCGGUUUGCAGGGACUGCGUCUCGCGCCCGUUCUGUCUCCUGUCUCUUUCCGAAGGUUUCUGGAGAGCCUCCAGAGGCGGCGCGUGUGUGCGGAAGGGCCUCGAGCUUCUUUCGGAAAGCGGAGGCUCUUGCAUGCCUUGUGUGCGGGAAAGAGAAAGUUGAAUUGUGGGGGAAGGUGCCUCGCGACGGAAAGCUAAAAGUCCUCCUUUUAGCGCACGGGCUGCGCGACGACGCCCAGCGCGCGCGCAGCUGCCCAUCUCCGGGUUUGCUCUGACCCUCCGGCAAGCGGUGAGGCGCCGGGGCCUCACUUGUGUCGUAAACACUAACCUCUGACCUUGCUCCAAGUACCGUUCUGUCUCCGCCAGUUCUCCGAGAAUGAGAGAGCAGGCAAAUCACUCACCCAGACUAGACCGAGAAGGCAAAAAAUGCACAGACCUGCGAGAGAGCGCACAGACUCGGACGUCGGGGGGAGAGUGCCUGAUUGGGGGGGGCGUUCGUGGCUCUCGGGGUGGCGAGCCCACCGUCGAAAAAGGCCUGGGAGUGGGGAGAAAGAGGCAGGGACAGAGCGCCUGGGGGCUGCACGACCCAGUGUCGCCGUGUUGCGGAGAGCCCCGAUCUCGGGGUCUCUGCGGACUUUUAUGCGCCUCUUUGAAUUAAAUUUUUUAGCACCCGAGGGAGAAGGAUCUCGUCUGCCGCCUUCGCUCUGGCGCAGAACGCGGCAGGUGUGUGACCCAGAGAGCUAUCCUCCGGGUCGCGUUCAUUGGACUCAGCUCCGCUGGCUCCGUCCGUCUGCCGCUUCCGUUCUUCACAUGAAAGAAUCUUCCGAAUGCUUUUUUCUGCUCCGCUUGCAUGCGGCUCUGUAUUGUCGGCCGACUUCGCGGCUACUCGCCUCUGCGCGCCCUGGAAACUCGCCAGAGCGCGCCAUGAAACUUUGCUUCGUGCCGUGUGAGCCCCCAUCCUGUGACCCAGAGAGGAAGCAUCUCAGAGCUUCAAAGGAGACCGAAUAGACCCUCAAACGAGGUGGGUCUCGGAGGCUCAGAAGAUGCCUCUGAAACUUUCAGAGGAAGCCUCUCAGACCUGCAGAAAGGUCUUCCAUAGAGCCUCCAGUGGGGUCGACCAGACUCUUCAGAAGAGCACUGUCAGACCUUAAAAGGAGGCGACACUGUUCCGGAGUCCCCUCACCUAUUUUUCGCCGAAUCUCUCUCCGUAGCGCACCGAGGAGAGAGUAGCGCAGUCGCGAUGUUCCUCGUGAAUCCGUCUCGCCUCGCGCGAGAGCACUUGUCCUAGCGGUGUGGAAGGCCGCCUCUGGACAAGAGCCUGAAGACGUGAGAUGCGUCAGAGAGCGGAACAGACCUUUUUGCGCGCCAGGGAGUUACUCACUCUCGUCUAAAUACAGUGAGAGGAGACGGUUCGUCAGAUCCGACUGCGAUCAGUUCCGUCGUUCUAGCGGUCAUCCUCUCGCAGACUGGCGUACGCAGAGACAGGAGCCUCUCCUUCCGCGAGAAGAGUUUGUGUUGCCGCUGUGUGGGACGAAGAAUCGGUGGAAGCGACUGCGGGGCCGGACACAGGACGCCGGCCCGGAUGUGCAAGAGUCGACGUGUGGGUCGGCUUGUAACUAUCGAUGCAUUUUUAUGUAUCCACAUAUACGCGUGUUAACGUGUGUAUAUUUACUUCUUGUUUGAAUCCUUUUCGUUGUUGGCGCGCGCGUUAGAGUCUGCGUCAGGAAUCGGGUCAAAAGUUUCGCACAAUGGGCGUGUACUCAAGGCGUGGGGGCUAUAAAAAACACGGUGACGAAAACGGGGGGGCGUACAAUCAAAGGCGGCGUUCUGGGCGCAAGGAGAAGUCGAGUGUCGAAAAGGGCGUUAGAGUGCGCCGCCAAAGCCGCGCCAACGUCCGGUCUAUGCAGUCUGCAUGUUCGAAGAAAACUGUAUAGAUAGAGGGGGCUUAUCCCGUUGUUUCUUGCGGUGUGUAAGUGUGCGUCCGCGCGAGUUAUGGCUUUUGUGUGUGGGGGCGCGCAUGCGUGGCAACGCAUGCAGUUGUGUAAAUAGAGAGCAUGGCGGAUUCGCCGUGCGAAACAGGAGGCACCCGAUCCUCAUUUGUGCAGCGCGUUCGCUGCCGGUUUGUUUUUUGCUUUGAUCUUGCCGCACCCGCCAGAGAGGCGCGUGUCGAACGCGACCCGCGAGGCGCCUUCCGACUCCGGAGACUUCGACGCAGGCUGAGUAGGAAGAGCGCGCGCGCCAGAGUCGCUCUCCGCCCGCAGGCUGGUGCCGACAACUAGGGGAAGACGACGCCGUUCCAGUGUCACCGUUCAUCGCGCGUUACCCUUUAGGGACAGACUGCUUUGUUUUUUUUUCUGGCCGGGAGAGUCCAACAUUCUGUGCGUGCGUUCACGAGCCUUGCGUCUACAGAGUAUAUGCACCAAGCUAUCUCGCGAAAAGAUUGGCGUACAUCUAUGUAAAGAGGUGGACACACCACGUGCGUUUUGCUCUGCGUAGUCGAGGAGCGUUCAAAGCAAACCCGCGAAACGACGCGGCACGCGGCGUCUGCUCGAAGGCGUUGCAUGCAUGCGCUUUGUUUUUUUCCGAGUGCCUCUGCGUCUCUCCGCGGACGCCUCUUGCCAGUUGCAAGGAGCGAGAGAGCCGCACCGUCGACAUUUAGGUGUGAGAGAGGCGGGAGUCAGAGACUUCAUGUUGUCAUUGCCCCGUGAGGAGGGCUGGCAGCGACAGUCAUGCCUGGCGGGGAUCCGAUGUGGAUCCUUGAAGGUGCAGAGAGAGCCCACAGCGGCUCGGAGUUGUCUUGUCUAUUAUGUCUAGGCCCAGUCGCACAGGUAGUAGAUUCGUGAAAACGUGUGUCCUGUCUACAAGUGAUUCCUUCCGGGCUCUCCGCGAGGGAGGCCCGGUAAUCUAAGAGCCGCCCCGAGCGGCGCUCGUAGGCUUUGUCAGGAGAACCGAACGAAGGAGUGAUCGUUCGGCAAAAUCGACCAAUGCAAGACGCACUGAGCAGGCUUUUCUGUGGAAAGGGGACCUGCCCUGCCGGGCGAAGCGUGGACACCGCACGAAAAGGCGCGCAGGUAUGCAGGGGUGCAGUCGAACUGCGUGUGAGGGAUCUCGUGAGGUUAGGGUAGCAAGAAUGGGGGAGGGAAGAGAACACUGCUUGUCGUGAUGGAAAUCCACGCUUUUCCGCCACAAUAGGGUGUGGAACGUAGAAACGCGAGUCUGACGCUGUGACAGCCGUGCAUGCGUUGCACAAGUCGUGGCGGCCACGUCGGUCCGGUCAGAGAAUUUUUGCAAUCUGGGCCAGCGAAGUGCUUCCUAGAGAAGCUGCUCGCAAAAAAUGAACAUUGUGUUCCAGUCCAACUCCCCCUGCGAGCGGCGGGUGGAUCCACAAACACCUCCGACGUCGUAGCGGGAGCGCUUGGUUCGACACGCGCUCCCGUGCGAGCAGGUGUCAGCUCUCGAAGCUUUCGCUGGCAGAAAGUCCGAGCUGGGCGAAAGAAGGCACGGGUUGCGCACAGCGCGGCAUUUUCCCAUUUUGUCGGUUGUCUUCCUGAGAUGAUCUGUUAGGGACUUGCCGGCUGGCUGCAAGCCUGUGGAGCAGCGGGGCGGUCCCCGCAGAGCGGGAAAAAGGACACCAUCACAGGUUGCAUGGUUUUCGGGGAAACUGAGGGGCAGGGAUUCCGAGCUGGAGUAGGAAACAGGGAAUUCGCAUGCGUUUCCCGUCUGUCCCAGUCUGUGGGAGACCCUGAGACUCAGUGCCGGCUCAGGUGUCCGUGGCUCACGGCGCUAUUUCGUGUUUUGCUUCCGGGAAACAUAAAGACGAUUUCAAGGGAGGGAGGGUUUUGCGACUGAGUUCAAACCACAUACGAAUAUCACAAAGAUGUCGAACGAUACAACGUGGCCGGCUGGCGUCGAAUACUAUUUUCCCCGUCCAAUCGAUGGGGAAGGAACCCACACAGCCCUCUGGCUUCAGAGGGACCAGCGGAGGUCUCAGGGUUUUCCCGUGUGUUCGCGCGGCAAAGCGAAUCGCCUGUGGCGAAUUCUGUUCUCGUCUGUCUUGCGAGACCAAGAGACUCAAACCUAAGAGAGUUCGGCGCCGCCGGCCGCCUUGCCGCUGGGCUGGUCCCAGGGAGAGCAGGCUGCAUGCAAGACUUAUAUGCGGGGUGUGUUCAUGUGCCGAGAACCCCGUACCCGAUAAACUCACGCGAAGCAGCAGUACACUACACGACCACGAACCAUAGUAGCGCGCUCGGUAAGGGUCUCUAAACUUCGAUGCGCCUCUGCCAAAGUGCGAGUGUGGUUGCACCUCUCAUAACUGAAAUCGAAUAGUCAGACGCAUAUAGCACCUACGAUGCCGAAUGCGGCUCAUGCGUAGCUUUCACAAAAACCUUGGUUGUCUGUAUCUCAUCAAUGAAUACGACUUCAGUUAUGAGAUACAGACAUAUAAGUCCGCCAUGAUUGCUUUACAUCAAAGAACGUCACGAGCUAGCCUCUGAUCGUUGCGUUUCGCAGUAUCUAGUAUCUCUGGUUACAAACCCAAAACACAGCAGUCAGCU